AUGGCCGAACCUAAACAAGCCGAGAAACUCCCAGAGAAAUACCCACCGGUAUUCGAUGAUGACUCAGACGAAAAGGAAGGAGAAGAAGCAGUCAAAAAGGUAGUUGAAAAGGCAGUGGGAGAGAAAGAUGUAGACGACGAGGACGACGAAGAGUCAGAAGGAGAGAUGGAAGUGGAAGAUUUAACAGAGUUAAGAGUAAAGUCAGCAAAGGAGAAAAGGACACUGCGAACUGUCAUCCCCACGUAUUGGCAUCCCGACUUGCCCAAUAAAACCACUGUGGGCUUUCCAAAUGGCAAAGUGGACUGUUAUCGAAAUGUUGUCUUCCAGAUGAUUCUACAUAUGCCCAUAUUCUACAAUUGGCUCAUCUGGUACAAGGAGCACCAUGCCCCUAGGGGUCAUGUUUGCCUUCUGGGCACAUCUGAAAACGGUCCCAGUGAAUGCCAAGUUUGUCAAGUGGCUGAGAUUGCUCAAGGGUUUUGGGCAGGUCAAGCUGAAACUGAAAGUUGGAUGCCUACCUUUAAAUCUCUCACAAACUCGCUCUUGCGUGGUUGGAAACCGGCUGGGGUAGACUCGGAACAAGACCCGGCAGAGUACUUUGACGUGCUUUAUGGCGCCAUCAAAAAGAGCACCAAGCCUAUGAUGAAAGAAGACUUGGAAGAUAUGAUCGAGGUCGAACUCAUCAUGGUGACGAGAUGCGCUGGGAAAACCCCUUGUAACCCAAAAUACAUCUCAAGACGGCAACGGUUUAUGAUGAUCAGCUUAUCCGGAGAGGAGGGCGACACACUCCCCGAGAAGCCUACUUUGAGCGAUGUAAUCGAAAAUCACUUUGACCAUGAGGAUAAUUUCGGUGCGUGUGCGGACUGUGGAGGCAACAAGACAGCCAAAGAACAAAUUGCAAAUUUCCCCGAGCUUCUCUUGGUCCAGCUCAACCGCACCAGUGUGAUGGGCAAGAAGAUCGAGACAAAUGUAUAUCUAACCAAGCAGUUAAAUAUCGAGACACGGUUCAUGGAUGAACGCUGGGGCAACCAACGAAAAGUCGUCCAGUAUAAAUUGACCUCGGUGGUCUUGCAUCAUGGCACGGAUGUAACACGAGGUCAUUACAGUAUCGGUGUUAGAGGUAAAGGGGAUAAAUGGAGCGAGGCAAAUGAUCUACAAAUCUUGAACUGGGACCCCGAAGGGCCUGGAGGCAACCCGAUCCAUCUCUCCACCGGUUAUCUCUUUACAUACCGCCGGUUACCCACGAAUGACGAAGCACAGACACACCCAGAGGCACAGAAACUACAGAAAGAGGGAACCCCUGACUCCGAUUCUGAACCACCUGAGAAUCCUGAGAAUCCUGAGAAUCUUGAGAAACCUGUACUCAAGGGUCCUGUCCCCAAAUCGGGCCCCAAUGUCUUUGAUCCCAAGGAAUUAGCCAAGUUACUGGAUGUCAUGGUUCCCAAAGUUGUCGACAGCUAUAUAGCUCGCUCAGCAGAUGCGAGGCGCAAGGAGUGGGAGAAAUGGGCAAAUGGAUGGGAGAAGAAGAGGGAAGCAGCCCAGACAGCCCAAGCAGCAAAGACUUCGACUUCUGCUAUUGGCUCUGCCAUUGGUUCUGAUAUUGGUACCGGUUCCAAUGAGGAUAUAGUCGACUGGACUAAGCAACGUGGACGACUUCAGAUAACUUUGACUGCAGAUGCAGGAAAAGGAGCAAGGGUGUUGGAUCUUGAAGUUCAAGGAUUGCACUACAAUCGACUAAAGAGGAAGAAGGGAGAGAAGGCAGAUGAAGGAGAUGAAGGGGAUGGAGGAGAUGGGGGAGGUGGGGGAGGUGGGGGAGAUAAGGAAGAAGUCAAGGAAAAAGAGUCGACAUUUAAUAAAUUUAAGAAAAAGGUGCAAGGGAAAGCGAAGGAUUAUGGAGAUGGGAAGGGGAAGAAGAAGAAGAAGUAG